AAAAGAAUCGUUACAAUCGUGCCCGGUAGAUUCGGAUGGGAAUGAAAGCUUGUUUCAUUUUGUCACUUGCAGAACUUUAUAAUGGGAGAACAACAAGCAAUAACAGAGGACGAGGCGGCUCUUUAUGAUCGUCAAAUCAGACUAUGGGGUCUCGACGCUCAGAGAAGAUUGCGUGCCUCAAGAGUGCUUUUGAUUGGGAUGCGAGGUUUAGGUGCAGAAGUAGCCAAGAACAUUGUUUUAGCUGGAAUCAAGUCUCUUACCAUGCUGGAUGAUACCGAGGUAACAGAAGAAGAUUCCUGCUCUCAGUUCUUGCUGCCAAGAUCUGAUGUUGGUAAAAAUAGAGCUGUUUGUUCCUUAGACAGGACUCAGCAGCUCAACCCAAUGGUAACUGUGACUGCUGACUUGGGGAGUGUAGCCAGCAAAGAUACAGACUUCUUCACACAGUUUGAUGUGGUGUGUGCCACGUGUUGUGGUCCUACCCAACUUGUACGCAUCAACAAGAUCUGCGCUGACAAUGGAAUAAAGUUCUAUGCUGGGGAUGUAUUUGGUUACUACGGCUACAUGUUCUCUGAUCUUGGUGAACAUGAAUAUGCAGAGGAAAUUAAAAAAAAGCCUGUGACAAAGGAUGAGGAUGGGGAUGGUGAACCAGCUGCUAAGAAAACUAAAUCUGAGGAACCAGAGACUGUUGUUGUGAAAAAGUGUUCCUCCUUUGUGCGACUGAACUGUGCCUUAGAUGUUGACUGGAGUACACCUGAGACAGCUAAGAAACUUAACAGGACUCCUAACACAUAUUUCAUCACAAAAGUUUUUCUCAGGUUCAUUGAGAAGUUUGGAAGGAGACCUGCUGUGAAAUCACAUGAUCAUGAUGUGGAACAGCUGCAGGCUUUAAGGUCUGAAACAGUAGAGGAUCUGAAAGUUGGAGCAAAAGCAGUACCAGAGGAUUUCUCCAGCCACUGUUUUGCUGAGCUUAGUCCUGUCUGUGCUGUGGUUGGAGGAAUCCUGGGACAAGAAAUCAUCAAGGCUGUUUCACAUAAGGAUAAACCUCACAACAACUUCUUUUUCUACAAUGGUGUAGAAGGCAGUGGGUUGGUGGACCAGAUUGGAGGAAGUUCUUGAUGUCAUACUUUGUCAUACAUCAGUAUAUGCAGGACUAUUUCACACUGAUCAAUAUCCAUGAAAAAGCAAUACUUAGCAAUCUUUAUCUGUAAAACACUGAAAUUUACAAAAAAUUAUAUCAUCAUUACUUGUGGAUAUGGUGGGAUGACCAAUGCUGUAUGAACAUUUUAAGAGGAGAGGAUCAUUGAUGAAUGAACAAUGUGAGUGGGAGGGUAAUGGAUGUAUGAACAUGUAGAUAGGGAAAGGUCAUUGAUGUAUGAACAUAGUAGGAGGGGAGGGUUAUUGAUGUAUGAACAUGGUAGGAGGGGAGGUCGAUGGAAAGGGGGGGGGUGUCAUUUACGUAUGAACAUGGUUAGAGGGGAGGGUAAUGGAUGUAUGAACAUGGUAGGAGGGGAGGGUCAUUGAUGUAUAAACAUGGUGGGAGGGGAGGUCGAUGGAAGGGGGGGGGGGCGGUCAUUUAUGUAUGAACAUGGUUAGAGGGGAGGAACAUUAAUGUAUGAACAUGAUAUGGUUAGAGGGGAGGAUCAUUGAUGUAUGAACAUGAUGGGAGGAGAGGGUCAUUAAUGUAUGAACAUGGUAGGGGGGGAGGGUCAUUAAUGUAUGAACAUGGUAGGGGGGGAGGGUCAUUAAUGUAUGAACAUGGUAGGAGGGGAGGGGCAUUAAUGUAUGAACAUGGUAGGAGGGGAGGAUCAUUAAUGUAUGAACAUGAUAUGGUUAGAGGGGAGGAUCAUUGAUGUAUGAACAUGGUAGGAGGGGAGGAUCAUUGAUGUAUGAACAUGGUAGGAAGGGAGGGUCAUGAAUGUAUGAACAUGGUAGGAGGGGAGGGUCAUUAAUGUAUGAACAUGAUGGGAAGGGAAGUGAAGGGGCGAUUUCAUCAGGAUAUAUACUUGUACUGAUGUAAAAGUUGAAGAGAGUGAGAAAUGAAAUGGUGGUGUGAGUAAAAGUUUGUACUAUGCGAUUAUUUUGUGUACUGCAAGAGAUUUAAGUGCUAAUGAAUUAAAAAAAGGUGUUGUUAAAAACAAGUUUUUGUUAACUUUGUCGGUAAGGAAAUAGCUAGGGAAUUGACUCAAGACACAAUAGUCGUUAUAUAUAGCCUCAGUGGGUGUAGACGUUCUGACACUAACAAGUGACUUCCUG